GCAUUUGAAGCAACAACAUCCUACUCUGGUUCUGAAGAUGAAAGAGUUUUUUUUUCUUCUAAAGCAGAAUCACUCAAGCAGAUGGGACUGGAUAAAUCGGAAAGUUAUCACACAGAUAACAGAUUUUGUACUCCUAAUCUUUGACAGCAGAUACUGCAUCUGAAGAUAUCAAAUUUUAUUGAAUAAAAUUAUUUGGAUUGGAAGAAACUCAUUGUCUUUGCACAGAUGGCGCACCUGCCAUGAUAGGUGUACCAUCGGGC